CAGAGCUGUUGGGAGUGAAGGGAGCAUAAUCCAGCUUCUGUCUCUCCAGGGCCCUGCCAGGGCUGCUGAGUGUGAGAGUCAUGUACAGGAAUCUCAGCAUCUCAACACUGUGAGAAGUCUUUUAAAAAAGGAGUGUGCUGAAAGUUUGGUACCUCUCAAAUUAAGAUUUUCCUUGAAGUCCAGCUAAGAAUGCAACCAACAAUAAAAUGAAAGGGCUGUGCAGCUGAAGAAGCAUCCUUCUGCUUGGUGAAAAUGUCUCUUGUUUUUUGACAACGAUUAAAGGACAAUGGGGUCAAACACGCUUGGGAAAGCUGCAACGUUAGACGAGCUUUUGAACACUUGUAUUGAAAUGUUCGAUGACAAAGGAAAUCAGUGCUCCAGCCAUUUGCCAAGAAACUUUCUUUUAAUGCACCGGUGGUAUCUGCCUUCCACAGAGCUGGCUGGCAAGCUUCUGUCCACAUAUAGAGAUGCCAAUGGGGAGAACUGCAAUGAAUUCAGAUUAAAAAUCUGCUAUUUCAUGAGAUACUGGAUUUUGGAAUUUCCUGCAGAGUUCAACUUGGAUCUUGGGCUGAUUCGUUUGACUGAAGAGUUUCGAGAAGUAGCCAGUCAGCUUGGAUAUGAGGAUCACAUCCAUCUCAUUGAUAUUUCCAGCAUUCCCUCCUAUGACUGGAUGAGAAGAGUUACACAACGGAAGAGGAUUUCUAAGAAAGGAAAAGCCUGCCUGCUGUUUGACCAUCUGGAGCCUAUUGAGCUAGCUGAACACCUCACAUUUCUGGAGCAUAAAUCUUUUAGGAGAAUUUCUUUCACAGACUACCAAAGCUACGUGAUCCACGGCUGCUUGGACAACAAUCCUACUUUGGAGAGAUCUAUUGCUUUAUUUAAUGGUAUCUCAAAGUGGGUCCAGCUUAUGGUUCUCAGCAAACCAACACCCCAGCAAAGGGCAGAAGUAAUCACAAAGUUUAUCAAUGUUGCACAGAAGCUCCUUCACCUCCAGAACUUCAACACACUGAUGGCAGUUGUGGGAGGUCUAAGCCACAGCUCUAUUUCUCGCCUGAAAGAAACUCAUUCUCAUCUGUCUUCAGAAGUCACAAAGGACUGGAAUGAAAUGACAGAGCUGGUCUCUUCCAAUGGAAACUACUGCAACUACCGCAAGGCUUUUGCUGACUGUGUUGGCUUCAAAAUUCCUAUUUUAGGAGUUCAUUUGAAAGACUUGAUUGCUGUCCAUGUCAUUUUUCCUGACUGGAUAGAUGAGAACAAAGUUAACAUAGUGAAAAUGCAGCAGCUUUCUAUCACCUUGAGUGAACUGGUUUCCCUGCAAACUGCUUCUCAUCACUUAGAGCCUAAUUUGGAUUUAAUUAACCUGCUAACUCUGUCCUUGGACCUCUAUCACACUGAGGAUGAUAUCUACAAACUCUCACUGAUGCUGGAACCGAGGAACUCCAAAUCUCAGCCUACCUCCCCGACAACUCCUAACAAGCCAGUAGUGCCACUGGAGUGGGCAUCUGGAGUGGUACCAAAACCCGACCCUACCGUCAUUAAUAAGCACAUACGAAAGCUGGUGGAUUCUGUCUUUAGGAACUAUGAUCACGACCAUGAUGGCUAUAUUUCUCAGGAGGACUUCGAAAGUAUAGCUGCCAACUUCCCCUUUUUGGACUCUUUCUGUGUGCUGGACAAAGACCAAGACGGUCUUAUAAGCAAAGAAGAAAUGAUGGCUUACUUUUUGAGAGCUAAGUCACAGUUCCAGUGUAAAAUGGGACCAGGGUUUAUUCAUAAUUUUCAGGAGAUGACCUAUCUUAAACCAACUUUCUGCGAGCACUGUGCAGGAUUUCUCUGGGGUAUAAUCAAACAAGGAUACAAAUGCAAAGACUGUGGUGCCAACUGCCAUAAGCAGUGCAGAGACUUGCUGGUGCUGGCGUGCAGGAAGUUUUCCAGAGGAACCUCUGUGGGCAGCAACCACGGCUCUCUGCCUAGCAGUCCGUCUCUGCCUCCAGUGCAAGAUGAAGUGUUUGAAUUUCCCAGCGUCGCUGCAGAGCACCAGGAGCUGGAUGGCAGAGCCAUCACCCUCGUCACGGGCUCCUCACGCAAGAUUUCCGUGCGGCUCCAGAGGGCAACCACCAGCCAAGCCACGCAGACGGAACCACUCUGGCACGAGCCAGGCUGGAACGAUUCAGGUUCCCAUACUUUCCCCAAAAUGAAGUCUAAAUUCCAUGGCAAAGCUGGGAAGAACAAAGGCUUUGCAAAGUGGGAGAAUGAAAAGCCCAACGUGCAGGCUGAGCUAGAGCUGGAAGCUGAGGCCCCGCAGCAUGUACACAAUCACAACGGAAUAGAAACCCUCCCAGAAAGACAAGAAUCUGAGGACAGCUGAUUGCUCACCUUGAAGCCCAGAAAAAGAUGAAGGUGACAUCUGUAACACAGCAAGCCUGGAUGGACUGUCACAAACCAUGUUUGGCCACGAGAAGUUUUCCUGUACCUCGUCCUUUUGAAGUGACCCACUGCCCCGUUUUCUUAGCUGAAAGGUGUUCUAAAGCACUAUUUAUUUUCUCACCAGUAAGCCAGUUGGAUGAACAUUGCACAGACACAGCCGAAUGGAUCUCUGCACUCGGGCUUGUCUCUUGUAUGGCUUUCGUGGAAACUUCCACCACCUGCCAGUGAGGAUAUAUUUGGCCUCUCUUAAAUGUACUGCAUCAUUUGAAUAUGUCUGCCAGCAACAACAAUGGUGAGGACAGAAGCCAAGCAUCUACGUUUGUUCAAUAACACUCCUUUUCCAGAGACUUGUCGUGAUCUUUUAAAGCCAGAAGUUGGUGUGUACGUUGAUUAAAAUAGCCAAAAACCUUUCACAAAGUUCUCUCUGCUGAAAUUCUUUGCACACCUGAGGUUUUGAAUUUUGGCUGUGUUUACAUUGCUAUAGUGAGCGUGUUGGUGUUCAGCACAGUGAUGUCAGUUCCCAGAUAAAGGAUCCUUCAGAUGGGCAGCAGGUGGCUGAGAGUGAAGGAAUUCUAAGACACUAUGCUUUUGUCUGGUUACACCAUAACACAGAGGGGGCAUCUCUGUCAGCACUGAUUAUGGUUAAAUUAGCAUGCAAUAAACACCUUAGUUUUAA